AUGCGCUUCCUCUGCUUGGUCGCGCUGCUUCUCUCAAUCCCGCUCGGUGCGCUCACGCUCUCGGCCGACGAGCGCGAUGAGCUCUCGCGCGACUUGGCGCGCUGGCAAACCAAGUUUGGCCACGACGACCACGUGCGCACGGCCAUGGCCAUGGUGCGAGGGACCUUGUCGACCGACGAUCUUCUUUGGCGAUUGAAGGCGGCCAAGGACAAGCUUCUGGCUCUGCAGGCGGCCAACCCGUACGCGACCUUUAGCCACUUGACCAAGUUUGCGCUGCUCACGGACAACGAGUUUUCGCGGCUCGUGUCGGGGUCAGCACCAAUGCCACGCCAGUCGUUAGUGCCACCGGCGUCGACCAACCAUUUGAAUCGCAGUGCGGUCGGCGGCGUCGUCAUCCAUACGGUCGAUUGGACAAAGCAAUCAGUUUGUGUGCCGCCGGUAAGGCACACGGGCCAAUGUCGAAGCGAUUGGGCGUUCGCGGCGGCGGCGGCCGUGUCGUCGGCGCACUGUCUGGCCACUGGCGAGGCCAUCGACCUCUCCGUGCAACAAGUCUUGAGCUGCACGUCGCCAGGUGGAUAUGACGGCUGCUGGCAUGGGAUGGACUACCCGGGCAUGAAAUGGCUCGUGUCGCAGCCCAACGCGCUGUGCUCUAGAUCGGCGAUCCCAUACACCUCCGGUACGACCGGAUUGGCUCGGCACUGCAGCGACAACUCCAAGUGCGCCGGGUCCAUCUCGCUGCAAGUCGGCGCCGUCGUCGAAGGCCGCGGCGAGGCCUUCCUCCUCGAUCAGCUUCGGACGCAGCCCGUCAUGGCGUAUGUAUCGGCCAACAGCGACCAGUGGCGACUGUACGUCCGCGGUAUCCUCUCGUGGUGCCCGCCGACCACGCACGUCAACCAAGCCGUGCUCGUCACUGGCUACGGCGCCGAGGACUUUGGCUUUGGCUCGGCGCCGCUCGGCUUCUUCAAGGUGCGCAACGUUUGGGGCACCGCGUGGGGCGAGGACGGCGACAUUCGGCUGCAGCGCAACAUCGAUAGCGUCUUCGGCACCUGCAACGUCUCGUCGCGGCUUUCAUACCCGACGCUCCGCCUCUGA